AGUGAGCGUGAGUUGCGUGGCUGGUGUCUGCGUGUGUAUUUCUUAAGUUUGCGUGUCCGUGGCUUUUAAACUCAAAAACAAGUUCUAUAAGACAGUGCAUUUACUUGGAUUAAACGGCAGAUUCACGACAAAUAGGAGAUAAUUAUGUAAGCUGCCGAGUGCCGAUGGACCAAGCUGGAGAAAAAAAUCCUGAAAAACACUCCUGGUUGAGUUGUUUGAAAAUUCGGGCUGGAUCGAGGAUAGAGUUGAAGAGAUGAAAGAUCGAGGCUGAAAGAACAAAUUUCAACUCGAGUAGUCGAGUUUAGAAAAGUAGAAAUACAGAAUUAAAAUCUGGGAGAAAUGGCGUUCGUUGCCAAAAUAUCUGCUGUAGUGGCAACAACCCUGAUAUUCGUGACAAUAACAGUUGCUGCUUUAGAGGGUUCCAAUGUCUGUACGAAACAGCUAGAGUAUUAUGUCACAGUUACGGUAACUGAACAGAAACCUUACAUGGAACGGGAACACACUUGGUGCUUGAGUUUUCCACCGAGGUGUUCCAAAUAUAAAGUAAUUUACAAGACUGUAUAUAAAACUCAGACGUUAACAAAACACAAACCAGUUGAUGAAUGUUGUAAGGGUUACACCUUGACAACAGACGGAGAACGUUGCAUUCCUGUAUGUUCAGAAGAUUGUCGUCAUGGUCGUUGUACAGCUCCGGACGUAUGUACUUGUGAAUCAGGAUACGGUGGUCCACAUUGCGACCUCAAAUGUCCUUUCGGAAAAUGGGGCAAGGACUGUCAAAGUAGUUGUAUGUGUCAAAAUGAUGCUAGUUGUGAUCCUUUCGAUGGCAAAUGUAUUUGUACUAAAGGAUGGAAGGGAGGGUUGUGUGAUGAACCAUGUUCUUCGGGUCGGUAUGGACAGGAUUGCGGAGAAGUUUGCAAAUGUGAAAAUGGGGGCAGCUGUCACCACAUUUCUGGCGAAUGUCACUGUGCUGCUGGAUACACUGGAGCGCUAUGUACAAAGAAGUGUCCUAAAAAUAAACAUGGAGAAGAGUGCAAAUCUGAGUGUCGCUGUCAAAACGGUGGAACAUGUGAUAACAUAACCGGAAACUGUACAUGUACUCCUGGCUGGAUGGGGUCAGCCUGUGCAAAUAGGUGUCCAGAUGGCUUCUGGGGAAAAAAUUGUUCCUUGCCAUGUGACUGCUACAAUGGCGCAACAUGUCACCACAUUACCGGCGACUGUUUGUGCAAGCCCGGGUUCAAAGGAGAAAAAUGUCUCAACAAUUGUCCGAAGGGAACCUUCGGCCAGAAUUGCACAGGUCAUUGCAGUUGUCUAAAUGAAGCUACUUGUAAUCCAGUUGACGGCAAAUGCGAGUGCAGUCCAGGAUGGACGGGAAGAAAUUGCCACGACAGAGCUUGUCCUAAUGGAUUCUACGGCGCUAAUUGCGAAAAGCCUUGUGAAUGCAACGAGGAAAAUACGGAACUUUGUCAUCCAUGGCGCGGUGAUUGCCAUUGUAAAUCUGGAUGGGGUGGCAUUACUUGUUCGCGAACUUGUCCUUUUCUGACUUACGGGAAAAAUUGCGAACACAAAUGUAAAUGCCAGAACAACUCUCAGUGUUCUCCCAUCAAUGGAAGGUGCAUUUGCGCCGCAGGAUUUAAAGGUGAGGAUUGUAGUGAAGUCUGUCCCGAAAAUACCUACGGUGAAGACUGUGCACAGAAAUGUGCAUGCAAAAAUGGAGCCAACUGCUUGAAGGAAAACGGACGCUGCACCUGCACUGCCGGAUGGGUUGGAGUCCUAUGCGAUCGUCCUUGCGACGACAAAUUCUUUGGUCUGGGCUGUGAAAGUGAAUGCCAGUGCUAUAACGAUGCAGCCUGCAAUCCGCAGAAUGGCGCAUGCACCUGUGCUGCUGGGUUCACCGGUGAGCAUUGCAAAGACAAGUGUGAGAACGGAUUCUUCGGGCAUAAUUGCGCACAGCAAUGUGACUGUGAACCAGAUAAUAGUAAUGGCUGUGAUCCUGCUACCGGUCGUUGUAUCUGCAAGCUUCAAUGGAAAGGAAUUCGAUGUGAAACCAAAUGUCCUCCUGGUCUUUAUGGGGAGAAAUGUGACUCGCAAUGCAACUGUAAGAAUAAUAGUUCCUGUGACGCAAAUACUGGAGCCUGUGUUUGCUCCAGAGGUUGGGACGGUCCAGACUGUAAUCAGCCUUGUAAAGAAGGAUAUUAUGGUAUUGGCUGUAAAGAGAAGUGUCCUGAAAGAAUUCAAGGAAACAUGACCUGUGAUCAUGUCACUGGAGAGUAUGUCUGCAGGCCAGGUUACUUAGGACUCACUUGCGAACAUCCAUGUCCUCCGAAUAGAUUUGGAUUGAACUGUGCUAAACACUGUACCUGUCAACAUGGAGGAGAGUGUAAUCACGUAACAGGAAAAUGUCAAUGCAUUCCUGGAUGGAAAGGAAAAGAUUGCGAAAUAUCUUGCCCGUUAGGAACUUACGGGAACAAUUGUACACAGCAUUGUAGAUGUGAGAAUGGUGGCCUAUGCAGGCCUCAUGAUGGUACCUGUAAAUGUAGCUCUGGAUGGACUGGAACCAGAUGCACGGAAAUUUGUCCGGAAGGAUAUUUCGGAGACCAUUGCAUGACACCGUGUGAAUGCAAAAGUGAUUCUUACAUUUGUCAUCCAAUUGAUGGGUGUAUCUGUAAGCACGGAUUUACAGGUCCGCAAUGCAGAGAUCAACUGACUUCCCGGACUUUCCAAGAAAAGGAAGAAGCAGGGAUCGGCAGUAUUAUUGGAGGGAUAUUUGCUGCUAUAAUGGUAGUCGCGAUAUCUCUUGCUGCCUGGUUUUAUCAUCGACGAAAAGUGUCAGAUUUAAAGAAGGAGAUGGUUCAAGUGCAAUAUAUCGCCGAACCAGUAACCACACCUGAGCGUACUCAAUUCGAUAAUCCUGUGUACUCGUAUCAAGGGUCGUCAAGGUUUGACGAUGGAACUGCUACGCUACUUAACAAUAUUCAAAUCAAAAACGAUCUGGGAAGGAAGAACGUAAACACCAAAAGAGUAAAACUUGGCGGACCUGGAGGCUGCAAUGAUGACGACAAUGAUAGUUGUAGAGGUGCUUAUGGAGUCUAUGAACAAUCAUCUACCCAGAAAAAUAAAGACGCGGAUUCAGGAAACCCGAACGUGAAUAUUUACUACAGCAUAGACGAGAUGGAUUCUAAAAGGGGAGAGCACUUUUACGAAGAUAUAAAGCAGAAGACAGCUGAAUUGGAGUACGAUCAUCUUAAUUAUUCUCCAGCUCAAAAUGAUUGGAAGCUUCAUUAUCAGCACAUGGCUAAUGGAUUUGGAUCGAAGGACGGUAGUGGACCCAGUAAACCCAAGGAGCAGGAUCCGGAAGCUGGUAGGAAAUAAAUCAAUCAUCAUCAAUGCAGGAUAGCGUUGUUAAGUUUUGCUCAGUAUACUGGAAAGUUACUUUCUGAGAAGGAAAUACUCGCGCAGGCAUCAUUCUGAUUCACAAGACUCAAUGCAUUUUGACUUUUUAGUUCACUUCUAGGACUUGUAGUAUUCUAGAGUUUGUCAACCGAUCGGCGAGAUUUGUUUUGAGUCCAGAUUGGGUGGAUAUUAUCCGUCUGUUGUUGUGACAGAGGAAAGAAAGUCUUCAAAGAAAUCCGUUAUCGAGACGUAAUCUUAUUCGAUGAUUUAAUAAUGAAUUCAUUAUGUUUAAAGAAAUCGCUCUAUUUUGUAAAUAGGCAUGUAUCAUCCCAUUAUGAAAAAUGCCGCAAUGUUUUUAAAAUAAUCUAAGAGAUCUGCCAAUACGAUUUCUAGAAGGAAUGAGAAUGUAGUGCAAUGUGGAAGAAGAUUGAGUUUGUAAAUGGAAAUGGCUUAUUUUAGUAUUGAUCAAGUUUUAAAAAGUAUCAAAUGAAUUUGAAAAAUUUAUUUAAAGUGCAUUUGAUCUGUGUUAAUCAAUCUUCCAGUUUUGUAUCUCACAUUUAGUUGUAUUUUGUAAUUUAUUUUGUCUUAAUAAUAAAUAUCAAUUUGUAAAUCUUUAUCACUGAAACUAAUGCAGAGUACUUUAUGUCUAAUUUAUAUAUUUUUGCAAUGAUUGUAUUCAUAAAGUUAUAUAUUUUGUCCAAGCAUAAAGUUAUAAUACACCAUGCCAUUUCUUAAAGGUGUACGUUUUAUCGUUACAAAAAAUUAAAUUUUAUAAUUCGCUGGAGAGUGUUUUUACGGUAGACGGAAGAAAAGUGUUUUUAUUUUUUAUCGAUGGCAGGACAGCGAUAAAGCGAUUUCGAUUUCUCGUGAAUGUUUUCGUUUUCAUUAUCUUUCAAUACUCUUUCAAAUGUAUUAUACAAUAUUUACAGCGAGUGAUGCACGAAUUCGAAAACAUUUGUGAUAUUGUUUCGCUCUACAUUUGAUUAUGUUUUUUUUUUACUUUUUGUGGUAUGUUUUAUAUAUUUAAUGUAUACAUUUAUAUAUAUAUAUAUAUAUGAUUGUAUAUUAUUUUUAAGUGCGAUCUACAGUUGUAUUCAUUUAUGUGUUCUGUCUUUUUCGUGCAGACGUGUAGAUGUUUCAGAAUUUAAUCGGGGUAUAAACAACGAUAGUUGUAAAAUUUAUAUUACUACAUAUUUUUAUCGAGAUUCACAUAUCCUGAAGCUCCAGAGGGAUGCUAAUCUUAAUUUAGUCAAAAAAUGGAUCGACCACGUUGAAAAUAUAUGGAAUAUUUUUUAUAAUGUUUAGCAUUAAAAACUAUACAUGUAAAAGUUUUAUAUUGAGUAUCUGAGAUACUUUAAAUAGUUGGCAAGUGGGAAACUUGAAGAAAUUUAUAAUCUACUUAAAAUUUUUGGAUUAGAAUCAAAUAUUUUUUUCUAUGUAUUUAUAAAAAAGUUCAUUAUCCUCGGAUUAUGAAAUAUUUUGGAAAGUGGUAUGUGAUCUCAAAUUGUAGCUGCAAGCAAAAAGAGUGAAUGUGUGACCUUUACCUGUGAUAAAAUAAUGGAAUAGAGAAAAAAGAAAUUAUGCAAAGGAAAUAUGUUUACGAAAAUAUCGGAUGCGCUCUAUCUUAUGUGAAAUUAACAUGCAUGAGUAACCUGCGUUUACUUGGGAAAUAAUAAAAUCCUAGCUUCUGAAAUAAAGCUGGGACAUUAACAAAA